UCUCUUACACCUUUCUCCCUCCCGAGCCGACAAGCUCCGCCUCCGCGGCGCGAGGGGAGGCCGACGGGCGGCGGCCACCAGCGAAACCUACAUCGGCGAACGACUCGACCCGCCGUCUUCUCCACGGCACGGCCCCGCUCCUCCCUGUAUGUCCCCACGAGCAGCGCCCCCAAUCACCUCCCCUCCCCUCCCCUCCCCUCUCUCCCAUGGCGCAUCCCCACUCCUCCCUCCCAAUCUCCGAUGGCCGUGGCGCCUCCCCCUCCCCCUCCUGAGCCCUAGAACAGCAACAUGGUCCCAAAUCCUCACCUUUUUCUUCUUCUUGUUGCUGGUUAAUUCGAGCCAGCAACCUGCGGUAACCACCUUCUCUGUAAAAUCCCUGCGCUCCCAAACGCGCAGUAUCUAUCCUGUGCAGUCCGCAUUCAGAUCCAGCACAUGUCACUAUGUUAGCGCCUUACUUACAUUCUGUGGUUCGUCGCAAUCCGUCCCUUGUCUUGGUACAUGUUGCCACUCGAUUCAAGUUUACUUCGGCUCAAUACCGGCGUCGAAACAGGGGAUAUAAUUGCAUUGCGUUAAUGUCGCAAAACUGGCUUCUUCAUUGUCCUUGUUCUGUAGGUGAAAACUUGGGCUGAAUGCGUUGUUAAUAUCCGAUCAUGACUGGCUACGGCGGUGCUCGGUGUGCAAUUCCGUUCUGGAAGCUGGGAGUGAUUAAACUACACUUAAACGCAGUCAGUAUCAUGGGCAGUCAGUAUUCAGAUUCUGUCAAGUCGGUAUACUUCUGCUACAUGUUAGCACCUUACUUACAAUCUGUGGUUCGUUGCAAUUCCCUCGUAACUUUGGCGUUACCACAAGAUUCAAAUUUACCCCAGUUCAAUGCUGACAUUGAAACAGAGGAUAUAAUCGUGUUCAAUUAAUGUUGCAAAACUGGUAUCUUCCCUCUUCUUAUUCUAUAGGCAAAAAUUUAGGCUGAAUGUGUUGUCAGUUCUGAUUAUGACAGCCUACAGCGGUGCUCCGUGUGUAAUUUGGUUCUGGAAGCUGGAAGUGAUGAAACUACACUUAUCAUUUCCAGUAGAAUAUCCGAGUCCAUUCUGAUAUUGGAGCCAUCUUCUGUUAAUGAAAGAAGAUACUGUAUUCUUGGCAUCCUUCAGAUGUGACGCACAGAAUCUGCUACAUCACAUGUCUGAAGUUUUCCAUCUCAAAAGUGGCGGAUCUGGAAUUUUACAUUCUGUUGGUCGUUGCAGUUCGUCCGUUGUCUUGGUACAUGUUGCCACUCGAUUCAAGUUUACUUCGGCUCAAUACCGACGUCGAAACAGGGGAUAUAAUUGCAUUGCGUUAAUGUCGCAAAACUGGCUUCUUCCUUGUCCCUGUUCUGUAGGUGAAAACUUAGGCUGAAUGGGCUGUCGUUAAUUCUGAUCAUGACUGCCUACGACGGUUCACGGUGUGUAAUUCGGUUCUGGGAGCUGGAAGUGAUGAAACUACAUUUGCUGUUUCCAGUAUAUCUGAUUCAAUCCAUCCUCAUUUUGGAGCCAUCUUCUGUCAAUAUAACAAACAAGAUACUGUUUUCUUGACUUCCUUCAGAUGUGACGAACGCAACCUACUAGAUAUCACAUCUCCAAAGUUUUCCAUCUCAAAAGUGGUGGAUUUGGAAUUUCAUAGUAGCAGGGGGUGCCAAGCUUGACACUCCCACAUUUCGGCACUUGUAUGUAAUCCAUGCAGAUUAGCCUAACUAGUAUACACUAGAAUAAAAUUUACAUUUUAGGAGGCGGUGCCACUGGAUCCGCCCCUGCAAAGAACAAGAGCAGGAUAUGGCCUACUUCCUGUACUAAAGAUGCAGAUGCUCACCUUCAUGCUGAACUGAAGGAAGUAGUAGUCCAGUGAUGGUCUAUGUUGUCGUUAGGAAGGCCAAUCAGGAUAUACGUGCAGCAAGUUACUGCUGUUAGAUUUUACCGGCGCGCUGAAGCAUGCUUUUUCUUUUCAAGUCCUUGUGGUUGUGGUAAGACGGUAAGAGUAUGUGGUCCAAAAUGUAAUUUACUCUUAUGGCUAUAUAAAUACAAUUAUAUAACUUGAUCUACUUUAAAACUCCUUCUCAAGAGAGUUUAUUAUUGGUUUUCAUGGAAGUAUCUACAUGAAAAGGAAGUAUUUAGGAUCAUGUUUUAGGUGCAGUGCAGCCUCUAUGCCGAAAAACACACUGCCUGUUACACAAGGGAAUCGUAGCCUCAUACAUAAGUUGGCCAAACAAAGCAAACAACCCAGAAGCAAAGAAUUCACAGCUUUUGCUUUUGAGAGAGAAAGCAAAGCAAGCACAAGGAAAGCAGCUAAUGUGUACGCAUUGCUUAUGCAUGGGCUGUUUCCCAUGCUAGCUAGUUGAGCUUGUAUUCAUCAGUCACUACGCGAGGUCAGUGCAGGAAUUAAUCAAGGAAAGGAAGGAAAUUGGAUCUGGAGAUUGCUGUAGACUGUUCUAUGGGUUAGAGAUUCCAACCGGAACUGCUGACAUUUGAACGAUUGAUUCGAUUCAUCAUGCCUACACCAGAGGAGAUCAAGAUCCAAGCAAAAACCAUCGAUGCUGCAGCAGAAGAGAUAAUUGGCAUUUUGGAGGAUACAAGCAAAGGAAAUGUGAUCUUCGUCAGUGGUUGGCAUGGAUUUGGGGCAUCAGCGGCACUCAAGGUAGUAGCGCAACGUCUGAAAUCAUCGAAAUCAAAGUUUGACAGGGUUAUUCAUGUGGAUUGCUCGUUGUGGAAAAGCAUGAGGGCCCUGCAAAAGGCAAUCGCGGAGGAGCUGGAGCUUCCGCUGUCGGUGAUGGCCAUCUUCGAUUGGUGGGACGAGGAGGAUGAUUUUAAUUUGAUAGACGAAGGCUCUCGAGGGGUGAUAGCAGAUAUCAGCACAGAAAUCUUCAGAAAGCUUGCUAACAGCAGAUUUGUAGUGAUAUUUCACAAUGGGAGUGACAAAUACAUUGAUCUGUACGAGUGUGGUGUCCCAGUAAUACCAAUUUUGAAUAAUAGGGUGCUGUGGACCUGGCACGGGAGGUUUCGACCGAGUUUUAGUUCCAGAACCAGAAUCUGGAGAGAAGGAAACAUGGAGGUCUCUAACAUGAGGCUGCAUACUGAUGUUGUUGUCGACUAUUCUCAUGAUGAUUGCAUCCGUGAUGAAGCAUUAUUGGAAGAGGCCAAGGAGGUUGUCACUUAUUUGGGUAUUCCAGAGCCUUACAUGAACCAUAUGAUAGUUGAGAAGUGCUUCCAGUACGCCUAUGCACUGGGAUCUGCCAGGCUCCCCAACCGGGGGAACUGGGGGUACUGGGAGAGGAACUGGGGGAACCAUGCUUCAAACUACUUGGUAUGCGAUGGGAUUAUACAAGGGCAAGGUGAUACAUCAGCAUGGGGAGUUGCCGAUGCUCUACAGAGAAACGUGCAUUUGGAUUGGCUUCUAGACUCGAGAGAGUCGGCUUCUGAUGGCAUUCGUCGUCACCUGCAGCUGCAGUGCAGGCUUCGUGACCGCUGGGUUUUGGUGGUACACAAGAGAGAUAAGGGUCUGCCACCUGAUGAGAUUGGCAUGCUGCUUUCUGAGGCGACAUCCUUCUUCGCCUUGCCAUAUAGUAAACGCCAUAGCCCAAUCACUACAUUACCAGAUGGCAUAUUCCAACAUUCACACAGCAGCAAGCUGCGUGUGUUACAUCUCUGUUAUUGCAGAUUCGGUUUUGAAUCGCCUCCCUUCCUGUGUUGCAGCCAGCUAAGAUUCCUCCUGCUAGAUACAUGCAGUAGUAUCGCAUGUGAUAAGCAUCCAAUCCACAACGAAGACAUGUCAUGCUUCCAGAAGCUAUGGGUGCUGCACCUGAGUUAUACACGAUGGUAUCGAUUACUAUCAGAAGAGAUGAUGAACUUUAUGGCUGACCUCAGGGAGUUGUAUGUAGAGGGAGAUUGGGGCAUAAAUGAUUUACGUGGCAGGGGACCUUCCCUUGUCAAGGUCCACGUAGAAUCAUGGAACUACUUUAUUAAUCAUGCACCAUUCCCUGACCUGUCCAGCGCAAGCUUCCUCAAGACGAUCAUCCUUGACAAUUGUUUUGAACUGGAACAAGUUGUCCCCGGCGUGCUGCCCCCAUCGCUUGAGUCAUUCACCUUCAAAACUAGAUCUUAUGGCACCAACACAUCUAGCAUUUCCUUCCGGGGUUGUUCUCAGUUGAAGAGUAUACUACUGGUAGGAAAAAUGGAGAGACUCGAGGAGCUGGACCUCUCGGGCACAAUAGUGAAAACCCUUGACCUCAGGGAAGUGAUAGCCCAAAACCUCAAACGUCUCAUCUUGCUGGGCUGCGAGAAGCUCUGUGCAAUAUUAUGGCCAUCAGAAUACAUCAUGACAAAGGUUUUGGAGGUACUGCACAUCAACACCAUACGAUCUACAUCACCUGGCCAAGCUAAUUGGGAAGAAAAACCCAGGGAUCCUAUUGCAGCUAUGGGGUCAUCAUCUAUUCUUGUUGCUACUGCUACAGAUCUGGGCAUCAGUCCACAUGCACCAUUUGAAGUUAAAUGGUACAUCUCUGCAACGGAUACAAGGAUCCUUAGGUCGCUUGAACCGAUUAAAAGAUAUAUUGAGCAGAGUCAUGUAUAUAUGGAAAUGGGUUCAUCUCCUACAAGUGGUGCUACUGCUGGUGACAGUGAAGUUGCUCAAGGAAUCCGGAGUCUGUGUCAGCCUGAUAAUUAUUUAUAUGCAAGGGAUGCCUUCUUUCAAAGGGACCUACAGGCUGGCGCUGAUAAUGAAGGUGCAAUCAGCUGGAUGUGGGCUUGCCCAGCUACUCCUACUCCAAGGGCUCAAGACUGGUAUGUUCACAUACAAGAUAAGCCCGAGGUGAAGAGGGGACUACUACAGCAAAAACAGAGCAACACUGAAGGAAUUAAUGUUGGUGCCGUUUUUCCUGGUUUCAUAGUUAACAAUGCUCGCAUGCUUCACGUGCAUGAUAGCUCAUCCAUCACUUGCAUCACAUGCCCUCAACCACAAGGUUCAUGCUGGAGGUGGCUUGAAUGGUGCCGAGUCGAGAGAUGUCCCAAGCUGCGUACUGUCUUUUAUACUCCCCAACCAAGUAAGGGUGAUAGCUUCUGUUAUGAGUUGGCCACAUUCUGGGCAUCUGAACUCCCAAAGGCAUGCUACAUCUGUGAUUGGAAUGCAAUACGUAUGUUUUCCUUUGCACACAUAGUACUAUUGCACCUGGACCAUUGCCCUAGACUCAUACAUGUGCUUCCCUUGUCUGACUCUCUGGACACUUUGCCUCAUAUGGAUACCCUGGAGAUUGUGUGUUGUGGUGAUCUAAAGGAGGUCUUCGCUCUGGAUCCUAAGAAAAAGCGCCAGAGAAUUAUAGGAUGCCCCAAGCUAAGGCGCAUUCACCUGUACGAGCUCCCCAGCCUGCAGCACAUCUGUGGGAGCAGAAUAUCCGCGCCCAACUUGGAGACCGUCAAGAUCAGGGGUUGCUGGAGCCUUAGGAGCCUACCAGCCGUCAGCGGAAACAGAGAGAAGCUGCCUAGUGUGGACUGCGAGAAGGAUUGGUGGGAUAAUCUGGAAUGGGACGGGGUGGAGGCGAAUCACCACCCUUCGUUCUAUGAUCAUAACCACUCGUCACACUACAAGGCCCAGCAGCAAAGAGGCACAGUACUAAGGUAAUCAGUUCCUUCCAUGGGACAGGAGUGUCGAUCCUGUCAUCCUAUGGUGCCCCUUACGCAGCGGAUGUCUUCGCUGCAGUGUAUCGUUUCGUGUUGCUUUCUCUACUUCAUGUUGUUUUGAUUGGUUUGGUUGUGCUUUUGCAUCUGCAACGCCGAGGCGCGGAGCCUCUGCAGCUGCAUGGAUCUGCAUUGCCAUGGUGUGGCGGUGCCAUCCUCAGAGUUUGAUUUGGUUUGAUUUGAUUUGGUUGGUUUGGGCAGCUCCGCUUGAUUGAGCCAUUUAUGUGUCAAAGUAAGCAUCCGUCAUCCGGUUUGAUAGAUGAUGCAUAUUGCAAGCUUUGAUCAAGAUGGAGAAAUAAAUGAGAGUGCAUUCAGCCUGGGCAGUAUGAGCGACCUGCCUGCUUAUGUUGCUCACAUGCAUGCUGCUCUUGUGUGAUUUGUGUUGUGGUGCGUGAUUUGUCAGCUAUGGACUGAUUGUUGUAAUAAUAAUCGAACUAUUACUCCGGCCGGCUUCUUGCAUGAAUGUUGUUGAUGAUUUGUAUU